AUGGAUAAUCAACCAAUCAGAGCGAGGAUAGUCGAAAAAGACGAGGAAAACGCCGAGGAACGUAAUAUACAGCCUGAAGAGGAAAAACUUUACCAAUUCGAAGAGGAUAUGAAACGAAUAGCUGAAAUGGAAAAGGAAAUAAGUGACAAGAUAAGUGACAUCAAGAAAGAAGAAGUGGGGGAGCCUUUCGAUAAGAAAGAUGUCUCCUUCAUACACAUCAAGAGGGUUCAUACGUACCUGAGAAGCGAAGAAGAUUCCAGUGAGGAUUCGGGAAGCGAAGAGGACCACAGCGACCUGAAACAUAAAAAUAAAAGAUUAAAGAUGAAAGAAGACGAAAAGUCGAACGAAGAUCCAGGGAGUGUAAUAGAGUUUUACGAAUGGAAGAAAUUGAAAAAAUAUUACAGCAAAGAAAGCGAUUCCAAGCCAGCGAAAGCCGUGGAAACCGCGAGCAAAGUCAAAUCGCUAUUGGCCGAGAGGUUUCACUUGAGAUCCUGCAGCAAAUUAGAUGAUUCAACGACGAAAGAUGAAGAGGAAGAUGAAAAUUCGGAAAACAACGAAAAAACGCAAUUGGAGAAGGAUGACCAAUCAGAGUCACCGGACGAAUUAAUGCUCAGUGAGAGUAGUUUGAGUGAAGGAGAAGAGCGACAAAUCGCAGAUUAUCAUAAUCGAAUACAGGAAGUCAUAAAUAGAAGAUUCAAUAUGAAAAACACGAACAACAAUGGCGAACAACGUGAAAACACGAGUAAUCAACAGAGGGAUAAUUCAUCCAAUCAGCAAAGCCAAAAUAACGCCAACGAUGAUAAUCGAUAG